UACAGAGUAUUUUAAACUUGCAAAUUUAAAGAUGAACUUGUUUUCUGACCAUUCACUGUGUAUUGCAUUGUAGUAACAUAGUGACUACUUAUCAGGCAAGAAGCUUUAAGGAGAUUUAGGAUUUGGAGUGUAUUACAGCAGGGGGUGAGGAGGGAUUGAGAAAAGAAACCACAUGGAAAAAAAACAGAACAGCUCAUACACAGGAAAACAGGGUGGCAGGACUAGCUUAUUCCAGGAUAAAUUUGUUAAUCAGGAUGUACUGUGACCAGGAGAACUACUUCUUGUUAAUGAGAAGACUGAGAAUAAGGUCUGAGAUCAGAAUGCCUGAAUGUUGUGUGUAGCACAGACCAGGGCCCAUGCUGAGACUCUGUUAUACACACAUGGACAGGAGAACUGUUAGAUGCCCUCUUCCCAGCACAGCAUGGAUUCAAUCAGUAUUGCUUUGAGUGCUAUCAGUGUGACCACAGAGCUGGUUGUGGAGGAACUUGAACCUCACAUAGAAACACUGCUGACUGCAGCAGUAAAGAGUGGCAUAGCUGAGCAGGUGGUAGAGGGUGGCAUUCUGCCGGUCCUGGCUCAGGCCUUGAGGAGAAAAAGCACCCUCACUAUACUCACAGCCAGACUGGUGGCUGAGCUCUCCAGGGAGGCUCCCUUCAGAGACAGCUGUUUUGAGACUGGAAUUGUAUCUGCUCUUAUGACUCUGUUGCUCAGUGAAAACCAGGAGCUACUGCUGCAUGCUAGCCGAGCCAUGGGGAGAAUCUGCUGUGACAGCAAUCUGCAGCAGAAUAGGCUGCUGAGACUGGGAGCUGUCCCCAGACUGGUGUCUGUGCUGCUGCAGUAUUGUGAGAAUGAGGCCUUGCUGAGUUCCUGUCUGUUGGCUCUGUGUAAUCUGGCUGAUAUGGGUGAAGAGGAUGGCUCUACACUUGUUUGGGAGAGGAGAGGCCAUUUUGAUGAGGAAGUGCAUGUGUUCCAUGGCACCUUGCAGCACUCAUUUGGCUUUGUGUCAACAGCGACUGUGGUCCAGUUAAACCAGUGGUCUCAGGGGCAGUACUCAGUAAGAGUGGAAGUGGUUCAGAAAUGCUCCACUCUCUUGUGGAAGGAACACAACAGACGACAGACUGGAUGGCGUCUGCUAAGUUUCACAUGCUUGGGCUUUUUCCCCAAGCUCUACAAGUUUAUAAAGUACUCUGUCAGGAACAUUCCGAAGAACAGGAGUCGUCUGAAGACUGCAGUGUUUCACACUUUCUUGUAAGGAUAGAUCACAUCUCAGGUAUAAGUUUGAGGAAAAAUAUUAGCUCAAGUGUUUAUUUGAGGAAAAAAUGUAUCAAACGUUGAAAAACUUAAAACUGUUGCUGACUUUAAGCAAGAAUAUUUGGUGAAACAGAUGAUGGAGGAAAAAUAGAGAGAAAAAGAUGUUGACCACCAGCAUCCAAACAACCAGGAUAAGGAGACACCUCUAUCUGCUUGUCAGUCAUGUUUCCUGUCAAUUCAGAAAGCAUUUAACCUAGGUAACCAUGUAUUUGUAUGAAUUUGACUAGUUUCAAAACGGCAUCAGCUAACUUUCACUGAAAUCAAAAACUAUACCAUUAGGUCUCCCUAUGUAAGUAGGGAAAAACGAUAUGCUUAUAUAUAGUACUUAGUAUAUAAUAUAUGCAAAGUCGAGAGUUGACAGACUGUUCACUGCUCAUUUUGUUGCAUGUUGAGGUAUCCUGACACCUUAAGGUGUUUGUUUGUUUGUUUUUUUUGUUUUGUUUUUUUGAUUGCACUAAGCAUAAGAAGUGAUUGAGGCGCAAUCUGUUUUUUGCAUCAGUCUGUCUGUAUCUAAGAGGACUUACACUACAGGAUCAACUGCAGACAGACGCUUAACCAAAUUCACUUUUUUGUAUUUACAAAAAGUAUUCGUGUAUUUAAAAACUAACUGUAUUGUGUGAAUGCACUGCUUUCAGAGCCUUUUGUUCAUUAUUUAAUGCAAAUUCUGAAGCGUGACUGAAAAAAAAACUGGACAAAAAUCGUAAUUGGUUUUCUUCAUCAUAAUAUGGCCAGAGGUUACAGGCAAAUUCACUUCUAUUUCAUCAAUAUGUCAAAUGAUUACAGAAAUAAAAUGCAGUCGCCCCCCCCCCCCCCCAUUCUACCAUUGUGUAACC